AAGAACAAAUUUUACUAAAGCAAAAAAAAGGACUUCAGCACAAGUAGUAUUUACUUUGACAAUAGAAUCAAAAGUAACAUCAAUACUAUUACUUGCAAGAGGAGAGACUAAAAUAAAAAAUGUGUUGAUAUUAGAUGAUAAUAAAAGACAAAAAUUUUCAUUAUCUCAA